AUCGCAAUGGGUCGAAAUGUUUUAGUUAGCAGCUUGCAGAAUGCAUCCUUUAGCAUCAUCUUCCAGAUCAUAUGCCGGUGUAUAACAUUCGCAAUCAAUGCAUUCAUCGUGCGGAAUGUAGGCCGCGAGGUACUGGGAAUCACGAAUGUACGUUUGCUGCUGCUCGAGAGUACCCUACUGUUCCUUUCGAAGGAGGCGAUCAUCCGGUCGGCCCUUAGUUCGCGCCAUAACAAACAGUGCAGCUGGGCGCAACUUGUUAACCAGCUGUGGAUAACUGUUCCCGUAUGCUUUACGCUUGCCAUCCCUUGCCUAUACAUAUGGCUCAACUGGCUUUCACCGGUCGAUGCUAUCUACAGCGAACAGUAUCGGUUUGGGUCCUUCGCGAUAGCCUUUGCUUGCAUCAUCGAAAUGACGGCCGAAGCACCAAUCUUUGUGGGACAAGUGUUUUGCUUUGUGAAGCUUAAAGUCAUUCUCGACACCGGGCACAUCUUUAUACGAUCAUUCAUUUUCAUCCUAAUCGUGCUGCUGAACAAAGACGUUACGAUAUACGCAUUUGGAAUUGCACAAAUUACGAGCGCGUGCACGAUUAUCGUUGGAAAUUAUGCAUUCUACCACUUCUACAUACCGCGGUUGUUACAAUACCGCAAGGAACUGAAAAAAGUAGACGAUAAGUAUGUACUUCGAGAGCGCUAUGGUCAGCAUUAUGAAAAUAUGGACGAUUUCCCGUUUGUUUCCAUCAAACAAAUGCUACCGGGAGUGUUACCAAAUUCGAACUCCAUAUUCAAUUCCGACCUGCAAACACUCGUACUAAGCUUUGCAAAGCAGGGCAUCCUGAAGCAAGUUUUAACCGAGGGUGAAAAGUAUGUGAUGUCCGUUAGCCCGGUGCUGACGUUUAGUGAACAGGCAACAUAUGAUGUUGUGAACAAUAUGGGAAGCCUAGCUGCACGCUUCAUCUUCCGUCCCAUCGAAGACAGCAGCUACUUCUACUUUACCCAAACGAUUGCACGCGAUACGGCACUGGCGGAGCAAAAGCGUGAAAUGGUACAGGAGGCAUCGUACGUGCUUGCGUAUGUUAUGAAAACUGUGACCUCUAUCGGGUUGCUUGCGUUUGUCUUUGCACAAAGUUACUCUGGAACCGUAUUGCUUUUGUACGGUGGGGCCGAUUUUGUCGAAGGAGGUCUUCCUGAGCAAUUGCUUCGAUGGCACAGUCUGGCAAUCGUUCUGCUUGCUCCGAACGGUAUCACCGAGGGGUAUAUGUUUGCGACGAACACAUCCAAACAGAUCGACACUUACAACUACUACAUGGCAUUCUUUUCCGUUACGUUUCUGCUGCUUUCGUACCAACUGACGAACUGGUUCGGUCCGGUUGGGUUUAUAUUGGCAAAUUGUUGCAACAUGAGCUUCCGCAUUAGUUACAGCGUGUUUUACAUUAACAAACAUUUCCGGUCGGUUGGUAUGGUACCGUUGCGGAAAUCCCUACCCGGACCGAUGUACUUAAGCGUAUUGAUUAUUUGUGGCAUUGUAUGCAAAAUAUCCGAAGCGUACUUUUGCGAACGAUCGAUACUGUGCCAUCUGUUAAUUGGAGCCGUUUGCACUGGAUUGUCUGUCGGUACGUGGAGCUUUGAAAAUAGGGAGUUAUUGCGCACGGGAUUGGCACGGUAUCGUACGCGGAAGCAAAGUCUGACACCGACCGCUGAAACAACGACCGGCAAUUGA